UCUUCUCCUUCCAGUGCCGGGAAGUGGAGAGGAGUACUGGGCCUGCGGGACUCGGCUGUACCUCGUGGAACAUGGCCCGCUGUGGGGAGGGCAGCGCGGCCCCGGUGGUUAUUCUGGGGUCCCCUGGAGUUUGCAAUAAGGGGUUGCAAAGGAAGGGGCCCUAUGAGCGGCGCCGGCUGAAGGUGAUGGUGUCGGAGCAGCUCAGCCAAGAUCUGCUCAGGCUUCUAAGGGAAGAAAUCCAUACAGAUGUUACUUUCUGUAUAGGUUGUACUUUGUUCAAGGCACACAAAGCAGUCCUUUUAGCAAGGGUUCCUGACUUCUAUUAUCAUACUAUUGGAAAAACAUCAAACAAUUUAACAAAUCAUGAGCCCAUUGUUGUGGAGAACUUUGAAGCUUCAGAAUUUAGAACAUUUUUACAGGUUGUAUAUUCAUCAAACAGAAACAUAAAAAACUAUGAAGAGGAAAUUCUUAUGAAAAAGAUACUGAAGAGUGGGUUACCACCAAAGAUACCUGACUUAAAUCUUGGAAAGUGUAUUGACAAUGAUGGAAGAUCAUCUGUAGAAUUCUUAGAUAAUUAUGACUUGGAACCUGCGUCUGAAUUAGGAGAAGAUUUAUUGAAACUUUAUAUGAACCACUGUUGCCCAGAUAUUGAUAUUUAUGUUGAUGGAAAAAGUUUUAAAGCUCACAGGGCCAUUUUAAGUGCCAGAUCUAGUUAUUUUGCUGCAAUGCUGAGUGGCUGUUGGGCUGAAAGCUCCCAGGAGUGCAUUACUCUUCAAGGCAUAAACCAGGUGGAAAUGAAUGUUAUGAUGUAUUUCAUAUAUGGAGGAACUUUGGACUUUCCAGACAAAGCUAAUGUUGGUCAGAUACUCAAUAUGGCUGAUAUGUAUGGACUAGAUGGAUUAAAAGAAGUAGCAGUCUAUAUUUUAAGAAGAGAUUACUGUAAUUUCUUUCAGAAGCCUAUUCCCAGAAGAUUGGCAUCUAUUCUAGAAUGCCUGAUUAUUGCUCAUUCAGUUGGUGUGGAAAGUCUUUUUGCUGAGUGCAUGAAGUGGAUUGUAAAGCAUUUUGCAAGGUGUUGGUCUGAGAGAAGCUUUGCAAAUGUACCCUCUGAGAUUCAGAAAAGUUGUCUUCAUAUGUUGAUUGAGUCCAUAAAUGAUAAGAAUGCCGCUUUUCUUCUGAUGGAAAGUGACAGACUAAUCAUCAGUCUGCCCAGGGUGAAGUGGACAGAAGCAGCACUGAGUAUGGCAUCUCAGCUCCAAGAAGAAUGUAUUGCGUUUAUUGUAGUAAACUUCCCCAAGAUCAUUCAUAGUGAAAAUUUUGCUCUUCUGUUACAGUCACAAGCAAUGAGCAGCACAGCUGAUCUAUUGGACAAAGUUUUAAAAGCAAUUGAAGAAAACGUUACCACUGAGAAUAGUUGCUCUCUUCUUAUGGCUCUGGACACAUUACUGAACAAUGAAAGUACAAAGGAAAUGGGUUUUAUGUGCAAGAUCCAGGCUCUGCGUGAUAAGCUGUGGAUCUUCCUAGUACAGUCUUUCUAUGCUGUUCGUCACACAGAAAGCUGGAAGCUGAUGAGCACAGAUGAUCAACAGAAAAUCCAAGCAGCUGCAUUUGACAAAGGUGAUGAUCGAAGACUGGGCAAAAAGCCUGUAUUCAGUAGCUCUCAGCAAAGGAGACAAGUUUCUGACUCUGGUGUUAUAAAUAACAAAUCUUGGAGGGGAAAUAACAAGAAAGAGUGUUGGAGUUAUCCCUCUACUAGUCAAAAGAUGAAAUCCGAUGGAUUAGGAGCAUCUGGACAUUCAUCAAAUACUAAUCGAAAUACUAUAAACAAAACUUUGAAGCAUGAUGAUUUAAAGGAAAAGAAUGGUACAAAAACAGCAUCUAAGAUUAUAAAAGAUUUUAAAACUGGGGAAAAAUUUGUUUCUGGGAAGCCCAGAGAUCUAAUUAAGCCUAAAAUAGAAAACAGUGAUGAUGCAAAGUCAGAAAACAUGUCUCCUAGACAAGUUGUAGAAAGAUCAGCAGCAGCAUACGGACAGAAGAAUUCACUAAAUGGAAAAGGAGUGAAAAAUCAGGAAGGGCAGAUUACAGGUGCCAGACCCAAGGUACUCUCCGGAAGCUUAAAUGUGCAUGCCAAAGCAAAGCCUUUGAAGAAAAUAACAGGGAAAGAUUCUCCAGGCCUCAGCAUCACAGGACACUCCAGCAUAUCUACCAAUUCAAGUAUGGAAUUAUUGAUUUCCCCUGAAUGUCUGUAUGAACCAAAAGAAAAUGGAUCGAUAGAAGAGAAGCCAUCAGAUCAUAAGCUAUCUUUUUGUGACUCUCAAGGACAAACAGUGAAAACCAGCAUGGAAAGUGUCAAAACUUCCACUGUAGUAAAAUCUCGACCUGUUUCAAGGGCUACCAGUGGAACUCCCAAUAAAAAAAGCAUUCACGCACAAGAAACUAAUAUAAAUAACAGUGUGUUAAAGAAGGUCACCGGCAAAGGACCUAGUGAUCCAGUGCCACAGGCAAUUUUGAAGAAAAGAGGAAGUGGCAAUGGAUGUACUACAGCUCAGCACAGGACAAAGAGUGCUCCAUCUAAUCUUGCUAAAACCCAAGGAUGUCAAGGAGAGUCUCCAAACUCACUAAAAUCUUCAGUCUCUUCAAGGCAGUCUGAAGAAAAUGUGACAAAGUUGGAUCACAAUGCAACUACAGAUAAACAAACACCUAAGAGAAAAACUGUCAAGCAGGGACACACAACUUUGCCUAAGGUUAAUACAAAAAUAGUGGCAAUGCCUAAAAGCCUAAAUCAGUCAAAGAAAGGGGAAACUUUGAAUAAUAAAGAUGCAAAACAGAAAACGCUUCCUGGACAGAUUACCUUGAGGACUCAGUCUUCUCAAAGACCUUUAAAAAGUGAACCAUCUGUCCAAAAAAGUAUGCUUCGUGAUGUACGUGAUAAUAAUAAGGGCAGUGUUUCUGAACAGAAGUCUCACAAACCUCUAAUUAAUCUUACACCUCAAAUCAACGGUACAGAAGCACCCCAGUCUUCAUGCAAACCUUACUCAAAAAAGCCAUUAAAUAAUCAAGAAAAAGAGAAGUCAGUAGUAGAAUGCCAAAAUACUUCAAAGUGGGAUAAAUUAGUAAAACAUGAACUGGAAUCAAAACAGAUUUGUUCAGAUAAAAGUGAAGCAAAAUUUCCUGAUCACAAAGAAACAGAUAAUUGCUGUGCAGCUGAAAUACAUUCUCAUUCUGAUGGGAGUGAUAAUGUACAUUUAAAAUUUUAUAGCACCACUGCCCUGAAAUCCAUGAUUUCAAAUCCAAAUGAAAACUCCAUGAACUCUAAUCUAACUUAUGAUUUAGACUCAACAAAUGAAGAGCAAAUCCAUUUAGUAUCAGAGAGUGAGAACCAAAUGGGGAGAAAAGAUACAAACCAAAAAUCAACCAUUAAAUGUGUGAAAAGAUUUUUACCUUGUGUUCCUGAAAGGACAAAUGCUACUUUAGAUUCUGUUCAAGACAACAGAAAAUGCAAAAUUCACAUGGAAGGACUGACAGUUCCUAGUCAGUUGUCUGAUGAUCCUGCUGUAAAUAAAGACAAACAUGCUAUAGCAGGUUCAGAUAUUUCCUCUAAAUGUUUUUCGGGACAAAUAUCAGGCAAAAAUUCUCCUAAAGAUAUGGAAACCACAGAAACUCCAGAGAGCCAUGAAACUUUAGAAGCUCCAUUCAUGGGUCCCUGGAGUUUGAGUACCAAUGUUCCGCAUCAGAGAGAGAGUCCCGAAUCUGAUACUGGUAGUGCUACCACAUCCUCUGAUGACAUAAAGCCCAGAUCUGAAGACUAUGAUGCCGGAGGGUCUCAGGAUGAUGAUGGGUCAAAUGACAGAGGCAUUUCUAAAUGUGGCACUAUGCUGUGCCAUGAUUUUCUUGGAAGAAGUAGCAGUGAUACCAGUACUCCUGAAGAAUUAAAAAUAUAUGAUAGUAAUUUAAGAAUUGAAGUAAAAAUGAAAAAGCAAAGUAGUAAUGAUCUUUUCCAAGUUAAUUCCACAAGUGAUGACGAGAUUCCUAGGAAAAGGCCAGAACUUUGGUCUCGUUCUGCAGUAGUCCACUCUAGGGAGAAAGAAAAUAUUCUGCGAGGCAGUGUCCAGUGUGCUCAGGAAAUAGAUCAAGUUUCUUCCUCAGCAGAUGAAACAGAAGAUGAAAGGUCUGAAACGGAAAAUGUUGCAGAACGUUUUCCUCCAUCUAAACAAGCUCCUCAGCAAUUUCAGGGAAUAAUUAAUUUAGCUUUUGAAGAUGCAACUGAAAAUGAAAGUCAUGAGUGUUCUGCAACUAAAAAAUUUAAAAGAUCAGUUUUACUUUCAGUAGAUGAAUGUGAAGAGCUGGGAUCUGACGAAGGGGAAGUUCACACUCCCUUGCUGCCUUCUAUAAAUUCUCUUUCACCUUCUGAUGUUUUUGAUGGCAUUUCUCAUGAUCAACAUGGAAGGACCAGCUAUUCUAAAUAUGCACAAGAAACUGAAAAUAGUCUUUUAGAACGUAAACAAGCUAAAGGCAAUAGCGUAUAUAAAAAUGAAAGCACUCUCUUGAGUCUUAGUAGCAUUGACUCUUCAAGAAAAGAUCAACAGAGUGCUUCAGCCACAGAAAAAAAGAACACAAUAGAUGUCCUGUCCAAAGGAGACAGACAACUUCUUCCAGAAGAUUCAAAAGUAAACAUUGGAAGUGAUGCAAAUAAUGACUUUCAGCAACACAGCAAACUUUCAGAUAGUGAUAUAAAAAAUCAAGAAAGACCAUGUCAUUUGGAGCUUCAUCAGAGAGAACCCAAUUCUGACAUACCAAAGAACAGCUCUACAAAAUCUAUUACAGACUCCUGUCGGAGUCAAGUUCUGCCUCAGGAAGCUCAAGUGAAACAGAGCCAUCCCACAGCUACCGAAAAAGCCAACAUUGGUUUAUCUGCAGGAGACAUAGAUGAUUGUGACACACUGGCACAAACCUGCAUGUAUGACCGUCGGCCUUCAAAAACCCUCUCUCCAAUAUAUGAGAUGGAUGUAAUAGAAGCUUUUGAGCAGAAAAUGGAAUCAGACUCACACUUUAUGGACGUAGAUUUUGAAGAUGAUCAACAUUUUGCAAAACAAGAUUGGACACUACUAAAGCAACUGCUCUCUGAAGAGGAUUCAAACCUGAAUAUUACAAAUUCUGUUCCUGAAGACUUAAAUCUAGCACAGUAUCUAAUCAAUCAGACACUAUUUCUAGCACGAGACAGCUCAAAACCUCAGGGUAAAGCACAUGUUGACACUUUGAACAGAUGGAGCGAAAUAACAUCUCCACUUGAUUCCUCAGCAAGCAUCACCAUGGCUAGUUUUUCCUCUGAAGAUUGUUCACCCCAAGGGGAAUGGACAAUUCUGGAACUGGAAACUCAGCAUUAAGAGUGUUAAAUUUUGGGAAAAUUUUAAACUAUGCCACCCUUUUAUUUUUUGAUGCUUAUAUUAUACCCACAUAUUAAUUGCAUUAGCCAGACCUAGACUGCCCUUAAUAUUGAGGGAGUUUUUCCAAUUAUAGUUUAUUUGUUAAUACAUCACAUGUAGAAAAGAGUGUUUUUCUACAUUUUUUUGAGCAUGUUUUCUAUAAUUAUUAGAGAAAUUAGAAGACUUGUAAAGAAACCCUAGCUUUGUUUUUUCUUUCCUAACUGAUCAUUUGUUCACUUGUUUAUUAUUCAAGAAUUUAAAAUGUGAAUGCACAAGUAGAUCAGUCCCUUUACUUUUUGCUCUGCAUAUGGUAACAUAGUAAUUUAACAAUAAAAACUUACUGUGCUUGUGUCAGUUUAUGUAUUGUUAAUCUAUGAAUAACAUUCAUACUCAGGUUGGAGUGGUUGAGGCUGAUAGCUGAGCAUUAGGAAAAACCUUAGCUUUCGCAACAAUUCAGGUCCAAGAAAUUGUGAACUAAACGCACCACAUAGUUACUAAAGCCAAGAGAAAUGGAAUCUUCUGUACCUGUCUUUUUGGGAU